AGCUAAGUAAGUAAAGCAAGCUCAUUUUUAAAACGUGUAAACAUCCGGGUGAAAUGACAAGUAAGAUGGCGGCGGAGUACGAAUUGUGUCCUUACUACCUGCUCGCAUACUCAUAGAACGCACUACAGUAACGGUGGGGUAGUACGCUCUUAACCGAAGUUAGCGCAUCCUGAGUCUUCGGAUGCAGCCAUCUUUCUUAAUUGUGUUUUAAGUGUCGAAUGUGCAAGCGCCAUGUGAUUGUUUUGUGAGCAAAUUGUUCCAGUGUUGUUAAUGCUAAAUUAAACACGAGUGAACUACCCUUCUUUGAAGAUACCUCUAGCAUACCGUGAUGUUAUAUCUGCACAACGCCCCCUUUCACGCCUGUAAGGAAGUUUCUCUUAAAAUUCCAGCCGUAAAGCGUUAUGCUGUCGUACAUAUGAGAUGUAGUGCCGCAAAACAAAAAAUGGGAGGCGUGCUGUCCCGGAUGUAGUUUCUUGGGGGAGAAAGGUGGAAGUGUUAUACUGUUUGUAAUUUAAUCAAGCUCCAUUCCUUUCCUACUACUAGGAAUAAUUAAUAGCGACUCCCCAGGUUCCCGGUGCAUAUAUUUAGUCUUUGUAGUUUACAGUCUUGCUUGUGGCUACUUUUGUUUUACUUCGAGAUUUAACAAGGCUACUACAGAACCAUGUCUGUUGUACCUCCCAACCGAUCGUCAACCGGUUGGCCCCGUGGAGUCAACCAAUUCGGGAACAAAUACAUUAGCCCACCGGCCAAACCGCUCACCCUGGAGAGAACCAUUAACCUGUACCCGCUAACCAACUACACGUUCGGCACCAAGGAGCCGCUGUACGAGAAGGACAGCUCGGUCGCCGCGCGCUUCCAGCGGAUGCGCGAGGAGUUCGAGAAGAUCGGCAUGCGGCGGACGGUGGAGGGGGUCCUCAUCGUGCACGAGCACAGGCUGCCGCACGUGCUGCUGCUGCAGCUCGGGACCACCUUCUUCAAGCUUCCCGGAGGCGAGCUGAACCCAGGAGAGGAUGAAGUGGAAGGUUUGAAGCGUUUGAUGACGGAGAUUUUGGGCCGCCAGGAUGGAGUGAAGCAAGACUGGGUGAUUGAUGACUGUAUUGGGAACUGGUGGCGACCCAAUUUUGAGCCCCCUCAGUACCCCUACAUUCCAGCCCAUAUAACUAAACCCAAAGAACAUAAAAAGCUGUUCCUAGUUCAGCUUCAGGAGAAAGCGCUGUUUGCUGUCCCUAAGAAUUACAAGCUGGUGGCAGCCCCCCUGUUUGAGCUGUACGACAACGCCCCUGGAUACGGACCAAUCAUAUCCAGCCUCCCACAGCUGCUGAGCAGGUUCAACUUCAUUUAUAACUGAAGAGCGCGAGCGUGCGCGCCCUGGCGCCAGAUGUCUCCGUGAGCGCAGCCUGCGCGGGGCGAAGCGGGAAGCUUUUCACAGACCCGAGACUUUCAUAGAUGUGCUUUAAAACAUGUUAACUGUCAAAAUAAUGAAGACUUCAUUUUCUGUGGAAACAUUGCUUGUGUUCGUUUUUAGUUUGAAUGAUUUGAGAAUAGGUACCACUGUGUGUGGCGUGAAACAUCAACCCAGAGACAUAAGAACAUGUUUUUUUAACGUUCC